AUGGGUCGCCUAACAAGGCAUGGGCCCUAUAGAUUCAUUGUUUGCUGUGUAGAAGCUUCCUUCCUGCACUUGCAUGCAUGCUUCCCCCAGAAGAAGGCACAGAUUGUUGCAAUUCAUCGCGAUAGCUACCUUUGGUGUGCGGAUGACAAGCCUUUCGUGCCAACAUACCAAGUCUCCAAAGAAAGAGCAAAAAGCUUGGGUAUUAACUUCACCUCCCUUGAGGAUAGCAUCAAGGAAACUGUGGAUAGCUUGAAGGAGAAGAAUUUUAUUUGA